AUGGCAUACUUCAAUGAUUUCCCCGAGAGGUUAAAGUUCUUCAGCCCGAAGGAGAGGAGGGACAUAAUCUUCUACGUCUGCGGCAUCAUGCUGUACAGAUUUGGCCUCGAGGCCUUCGAUGGUUCCAUCACCGCGCUAGCCACCAACCGAUACGACUAUGAGAGCCACACCAACGGCACUCCCUCCCGCACCUUUGAGAGGCUUGGCCUGCUUCAGGGUCUCAACCAGGUCACCCAGUGUGUCGGCUCCAUACUAAUCGCCCCUCUCAUCAAGCAUUACCCGACCAAGAACGUGCUCUCAUCUGCCAUCCUGCUCUUCGGUCUGAUGACGGCGAUCCUGCUCAUCCUUGACGCCGCCACUGGCGGCACCUUCGUUCCCGCAGCCUACCGCAAGAAGCACCCCAAGAACGAGUGGCCGUACUACGGCAAGUACGACAACGACGCCAUCAUCCCCAUUUACACCAUCCCUGGCAUCGCGUAUGGCAUGGUCGAGCUGAUCCGCCGCGUCAUCCCUCGUGACAUUGUCGGCGCAAUGGUGUUCGCGGCGACAUUCAUCCCCAAGGGCUCCCGCUCCUUCAACCCGGAGCUGCUGAGCGAGACGCAGCUUAACGAGGAUGUGGCGGACGACUCCUUGUCGCAUUCCGAGAAGACCAUGGUUGAGGUUCCUAAGCACAGUGAUCCGGCGUCCGCAAAAGUUGUUUGA